GUAGGCUCGUGCACUGCGUUGGAGACCAGUCCAGUCCUCACUAGCCAUGGCCUCAGUGGAGCAGCCUCCGAAGAAGCGAAAGCUGUACGAGCCUUUACCCGAAUCGCCACCGUCUGUGCCUCCGCCGCCGCCAGCACCGGCGGAGGCGUCCGACGCCACCCCUCCCUCCCCGCAAGCCCUACCCUCGCCGUCAACUCCCCCGCUGUCUCAGGAGGAGAUUCUCGCGAAGCGGCGGAACAAGGAUGAAAUUCGAAGCGUGUACGAAGGCUACAAGCGGAUUAAGCUUUGCUUGCUUCAGAAAGACGCUCCCAACAUGUCAGACCUUGAACAGAGUUAUCUCGCUCUCAUCACUUCUUCUAGAGGUUGUAUUAGUGUACAGAGAAUUGUGGCCGAUCUUAUCCCUCGAUACGCAUGUCACUGUCCAACAGCUUUGGAAGCUGCAGCUAAAGUUGUUAUUAAUAUGCACAACUCGAGUUUGGCGUUAAUCAGUAAAGGAGAGGAUUCCAAUGGUAUUGCAUUUGAAACUGCUAGAGCCUGUAUUUGUGGCCUAGCUGAUAUUUGCUGCAUUGCUUCAUCUGUUGUGCCAACAUCAGCUGUAAUUAGAGGAAUUUGCUCAGCAGUUUUUCAGAAUAUGCUCACUUUUUUUAUAAACUUAUUUGAAGGAAAGGAUGUCUUUCAGAUGCUAGACAAGAAUUUCCUGAAUAUGCAAGAUACCCCUGAGGUUUUUUCUGAGUUGAAACAAAAUGUUUUAGAUGAAGAUGAGUCUUCAUUGACUAAACUGUCCAAGUUGCGUGCAUUAUGUCUACUUUGGAUAUUCUUCUCUUGUCCAAAAGAUUUGCUUGCAGCUUGUUUGGAGCUCUUAGGCUCUGGCACAAAAGAGAGAGCUAAUGAAGGACAGCGUUUUCUGAGCCUUGUAACUAGCACAUUUGAUGAUGAUGAAGCAGUUCACCUUUUGGAUAGAGCAAUUGGUGGACCUAAAUCAUGUACAGAUUCUACUGGGUCAGGCAUCAGAGACAAGGAGGCUGGUGAUGAAAUUAUGAAUGAAGACAACCAUGUCUCUGGUGGUGAUUUAUCUGUUGGCAAGAGCUGCUUGCUUAUACGGGUUCUUCACAAGGACCCCCCACUGCGGAAAUGGAUGUUGUGUAGAUGCAAGAAAUUACUUGACUUGCACUCCAAUGCAUCACCAGACAUUACGUCAUUACUACAAGGAAUUCUUGGAAUGUUUGCUCAACAAGCUGAUUUAGAAGACUGUCAAGCAGAUAGUGAUGAAGAUAAAGCUGAUUCUUCGAUUUACAUGAAUAGGAACUACAUGGUUCCUAGGAUCUGUGUGGAACAUGAAAGCGUUGGUGAAUCAUCUGGAAAAGGCAACAGUUUGAGAGUUCAUGUUGGUUCUUCUAAUGGUGGUUUUACUGACAAGGUUUCUGACAAAUAUGUGAUGGCUCAUAGCUCUGCAGUUUCUCUUGAAAAUGUUCCUGUGUUAAAAGUGGGCUCGCAUUAUGAUAAUGGAGUCUCAAAGCCCAUGAUCAUUGGGAUGGGGGAGGAAGGGAAUAUGCCCAACGUUAGAUGUUCAACACCUAGGGACUCAGCAAGCCAUCAAAUAUACUCACCUGCAGUUAGAACACCAGUAGAUUUUAGGAGUAAUUCAUUUGAGGGUAGAAAUGAUUUUCUGAAUUCAGAGAAAAAUCAAGUCUUUAAUAUGAAUUUCAAUUCACCUCCACUGAGAUCCUCUAGUGGAUCUGUUAGUAAUUCUUUGGCAUCUCCUAAUAAUCAUUUUAUGUCGCCAACUGCUUCAGCAAUAAGUCAAAUUGUCUGGUGCUGUGAUGGAGAUCCUGCAGCCAUGGAUAUUGUCUCUGCUGCUAAGCUGCUAUGGAUAGGCUAUAUAAGUCCUGAUGUGCCCGAAAGUCAUAUUAGGUUUCAGUUAGAAAGAUUUGGUCCUAUUGAGCAAUUUAUUUUCUUUCCUGUAAAAGGGUUUGCCUUGGUUGAGUACAGAAGGAUUGUUGAUGCGAUAAAAUCUCGACACUAUUUACACGGAUGUUUUCCUUGUCGUGUAAAGUUCAUGGAUAUAGGACUUGGAACAAGGGGUGCAAUGAAUGGUGUUGCAAUUGGUUCUAGUUCUCAUAUUUGUGUUGGAAAUGUUCCCAGUCAAUCAGCCAAGGAAGAUAUCCUCCAUGAAUCAAGUAAAGUGAUCCACAAAGGUCCUCUUGGAUAUAUAUAUCUUAGCUGUGAGUUUACAUUACUUGUUGAAUUUGAAACUCCUGAAGAAGCUACCACUGUCAUGUUGCAUCUGAGACAUCUCCGAAGAGAAAGAAGCAACUAUAACCAGCAUUUUGGUCCAGGAACAGUUAAUGUUGGAAUUGGGCAUGCUUAUAUGGAUUGUGCAAGGCCUUUACCUGCUCCUCCACAUAUUGACCUUAAAGUCAACAACCCUGCUGGAUCACCUCAUGCUCGAACACUACCAGGGAGCCCUGCUGACAGCAGUCGAACAAGGAUGUCUCACUUGUCCUCCUUACUUGCUUCAUUGCGCGCAAAGUAUAAUAUUAAUCAGAACCUAGGUCUCAAUGAUAAUUAUAUAACUGGAAAUAAUUGUCCUUCCAUGCGUGAAGAAGAUAUUGUGCCAUCCAGCACUCUCUGCAUAACUAUUCCGCAUAGUAGCUCUUUCUUCCUCACAGAUGAUGAGUUAAUGGCCGUUUGCAAUCUUGCCAUUGGAAAUGCUGGAUCCAUUGUUCAGUUGACACAAGCAAGCAUGCAGAUGGGAUGUAGUUGGUUUGUUGAAUGUAGUAAUAUUGAUGGUGCCGCUUUUGUUCUAAAGAAUCUACGUGGUUGUCCAGGAUUGUUCUUCCAGAUAGAAUUCAGCAAACCUGGACAUCAGAAUGCUGUACCAUUGUCAAUUAAACCAGAGAACAAUUCUAUGGAGCUUGUAUCCCCCAGGAUAAAUGCUGAAAAUCAUACUAGUGGAAUGCAAUGUGCACCUCUGCCUCAAUCAAACUGGCACUUUCCUAGUUCAAGGGAAAUGCCAGAGGUUGGAGCUAGGAAACCUGAUGGUUAUGAUAAUUCGUCACAGGAUCCUCACCAAGGAGGUAAUGUUCCACAUAUGCACUCUGCAGCACAUGGACCUUCCAUUCCACCACCACAACAAAUUCAGUCAUCUCCUUUUGUUCGCCCUGUUUAUGUUCCUCCAAAUGGUCCAUGGGAUUGUCGGGGAAUAAAUAAUCAUUUACCUGUCAGCCAAUUCAAGACGGGAGUAAUGCCAAAUAAUUUUCAUAGUAAUGCUGUUGUAACUCCUUUUAUUCCUGCUUCAGUAACUCCACUUGCUCAGAUACAAGGAACUCCAAUGCAGCCCUAUAACCAGCAGGUGCCUCCAUCAAUUAUACCACCACCUUUAUCAUCCUUGCCGCCUCAGCCAGAGAUACCACCUCCAGUUCCUCCUUCUCCACCACCUUUACCCCAGGUUCAGCCACCCUUGGUUCCUCCACUGCCUAGUUCGCCUCCUCCUCCUCCUCCUCCACCACUGCCUGUCCAAGAAUCAGUCAAUGUUGAAUGUUCAGGACAGUCUGUGCAGUAUCAAUGGCAGGGGAAUCUCUGUAAAAGUGGGGUUAAUUACUGUACAAUUUAUGCAUGCAAAGCAGAUUCAAAUAUCUGUCGAUAUUCAAAUGCCAUACCUGAGCCUACUGAGUGGCCCACAAAAUUAGACAUGACAAAACGCACUGAUCUUCGACAUGUGAAAUCAACAUUUGCUGCUACUCCAUCUCAUAGAAGGGAAGUGUGCCGUUUAAUCCCAUCAUCCACAAGUGACCACAGAAGGUUUCAGGAUUUCAUAUCAUACUUAAAGCAGAGGGAUUGUGCUGGGGUUAUUAAAAUCCCAGCUUCAAAAUCCAUAUGGGCAAGGCUUCUAUUCAUUCUCCCCCACUCACUUGAAACGUGCUCUUUGCUUUCUAUUGCACCUGAUCCGUCAGAUUGCCUCAUUGCUUUGGUUCUUCCCAAAGAAACAAACUUUGAGUGGGUAUGAUAUCAUAGGUAUAAUAAUAGAGCUAAGCCAGUAGUGAAGCUGAAGGCAUAUUUUGUACGACCAACGCCGAUAUAUGUAAAAAAGAAAUUAUGUUAUUUGCUUUAGUUGUAGUGUUUCCUUUCAGGGGAGUAGUAGCAUUAGUGGGAAAUUGGGGUGUAUAUCUGUUGUUUGUUGUAGAUCUAACAGGUGAAACUUUUUGCUCUUGAUGUAGAUCUAAGAUUUUUUUUCUCCGAAUUCUUUCUUAAGUUGAAUAAACUAACGUAGCUAGA